UCAGUGAGAAACUAGGAAGAGGAGGAGGGAAUAGCUGAAAAACAUUGCAGUAACACACAGGUAGAUUGCUUGAACGCUUUGUUCGAGUCAGUAAAAAAUAAAUUCAAGAAUUCUAUUAAAACAUUUCUCUUGAAUUAACGAACCCCAGCCUGGAUCUGGUCGCAUGGUCGGUGACCCACCGACGUCUCUGCGUGUUUCGAUGCCGACAUGAAUCACCUGUUCCUGGGUGUGAGUGGUUGAGGAAACAGCCAUCAGAUUGGGGGCUGAGCCGCUUUACAUCAACGGCUUGUGGGCCGGGUCAUGCUGAUGGAUCAGGACACUGAGUGGCUGUACCAGCUUCUGGCCGAGGUCCAGCUGGAGAAGUUCUACGUACGCAUCCGAGAUGGCCUCAACAUCACCCGUGUCGAGCACUUCUCCUACGUCAAGGAGUGCGACUUUGAGCAGAUCGGCAUCAGCAAACCGGCACAAAGACGAUUAUUGGAGGCACUGAAACGGUACAAGACACGCGCACGAUCGUGGAUGCCCAAGGUGUUUAAAGGUCCCGAUGGAGGGGAGGCCGGAGGUGGCCCGGUUCAGAACCUGGAGGUCGUCAGCCGGACUCUGCCUUGUCUGAUCCAGGAUAGUGAGCUGGCUUUAGGGGACAAGUUGGGCUCGGGGUCCUUUGGGGUGGUGAGGAGGGGGGAGUGGCACCCUCCCUCAGGGAGAGUGGUUCCCGUAGCGGUGAAAUCCCUGAGGAACAGCGUGUCGAGACAUACGAACACACUGACAGACUUUCUCCAGGAAGUGACCAUCAUGCAGUCCUUAGACCACCCCAACAUCAUCCGACUCUAUGGCGUGGUACUCACUCAGCCCCUCAAAAUGGUGACAGAGCUGGCCCUUUUUGGCUCUCUGUAUGACACCCUGCGAGCGCGUCAGUACAGGUUCCCGUUGCUGCGCCUCUGGCUCUUUGCCACCCAGAUCGCGGUGGGUAUGGAGUACCUGGAGAGCCGGAGGUUCAUCCACAGGGACCUGGCAGCCAGGAACGUGCUGCUGUCCUCCAGGGAGAUGGUGAAGAUCGGGGACUUUGGCCUGAUGCGAGGCCUGACCCAAGACAGAGACCAUUAUGUCAUGGGAGCACAUAAGAGGAUCCCUUUUGCUUGGUGUGCUCCAGAAAGCCUCCGCUCAGGCUCCUUCUCCCACUCCUCGGACGUCUGGAUGUUUGGCGUCACCAUGUGGGAGAUGUUUACGUACUGUGAUGAACCGUGGCUGGGUCUGGCAGGUCAACAGAUUUUGUGGCGUGUGGAACAGGAGGGGGUGCGGCUUGAGAAACCCCAGGAUUGCCCUCAAGAGCUGUACAUUGUCAUGAGGAGCUGCUGGGCCCUAAACCGGUCGGACAGGCCCACCUUCGCCCAGCUCACGAAAAUGACUGCUGAGGCUAGACCAGUAGAAGUUCAAGCUACAAGAGACUUUUCAGAGUCCAACAAGCUCCCCCUCUUGGCCAGCGACGUUGUGACGGUCGUAGACCACAGUCUGGAGAUGAAUGAGUGGGUCGGUCAGAACCAGAGGACGCUGGUCGUCGGCUUGUUUCCUGCCAGUCUCACUGUGCCCAUCGGGUCCACCGGUGCAGGGUCAAAUCCCUCUGUGAAUGCUGCGGUCAUCUCCGCUCCGGUGAAGGGCAGUCUCCAGCACACGGGACACGGAGACGCCCACCCAGACCGCAGCUGGGGAACACCGGAGAGACUGGAUGACAGCAGCAACUGGAGGCAGGUUCCUGUCAGGGAAAAGGAAGGGUCCAAUCUGCAGAAAAUGGCAGGUAUGACUCGGAGCCUUGAGUCGGUCUUGGGUGAACCCCGACCCCGCUCCCAGACGGUUGAGGCUUUCAAAGUGGAUCAGCAUGGCAGACUUGUGGCACCUCACGGCGUGGCGAUGCAGCAGGAUCCUCGGCGCUUCAGCGAGGCCAGCAUCAAUCUCCCUCCUCGGCCGCCGCCUCCCAAUCUGAAGCACUUCAGCGAGGCCAGCACCAAUCCCCCUCUUCGGCCGCCGCCUCCCAAUCAUAAGCGUUUCAACAUGAAAGGCCAGAGAAAACCCAUCGUCCAGCAGAGCCCGGGAACCCAGUGGCCUGCACAGAUGAUCCUAUCCCCUCCGGCCCAGACACAACCUCAGCACCUCUUUCCACCUCCUCCAAACCCUUCAGGGUCCAACCUGAUGAAAAUGGCCCAGCUUGCCCGUUCCACCCCACAGUUGUACGACGACAACAAAGAGAGAGACCAAGAGCGAAGGAGAGAUCGGGAGAAAUAUGCACAAAACCCAAAGGAGAGCCUCAUCUCACAGGUGAUGGAGGCUGUACACGGAGUGACUAUCGAUGAGGUUCAAAGUGCACUUCAGCGUAACGACUGGAACCCUGUACGCGCCGAGCAACAACUCAAGCUGGAACAGCUGUAUUUACUGAGUCUCUGCUCCAAGGAGGAGUGUUUGAAGAUCCUCACCAGACACCAGUGGGACCUUCAGCAGGCCAGCCGCUACCUGAUCAGAGUGACUCGAGAAGAUCGCACCGGCCCCAGCGACAGACCUCAGAUCAGCUCAGAAAGACGAGUCUGAUUAAAACCUUUUUUAGCUUGUUGCAAAAAAAAACAAAAAAAAAUACAUUCUAGUUGAGUGAUACACUCCAAUGCAGAGCCUCCCAGUACGAUGGGAGGUUCACGGAGAAUUCACGUUAAAAUAUGAAGGAAUGCGAAAACUGAAAAAUAUAUUUUGACAUUUAAAGGACUAUGAAAUUCCCCUCAUAUUUUAUGGUGCCAUUUUGUAUGUCAUGAGUUUAUAUAUGUGAUUUUUUAAACAUGUUUAAUAAACAUGUCAGCCAUGAA